AUGCACUCCUGGUGGGAGUCCAUAUCAAAAGCCCGCACUCGAAUCCAUCUCCUCUCCACUCUUCUCCCCGAAACCUCCUCAGUUCUCUCGUUCCUUGCCGACUCCGACCGCCCUGCCCGCUCCCUCCUCCUCUCUUCCGCCGCCUAUUCCUCCAUCUCAUCUUCCCUCUCCUCCCCUUCAUCCGGCUCCGACGACGACUCUCUUUGCCUGUGGCUAUACGACACCUUCCUCUCCGCUGACUCCGAACUCCACCUCGUUGUCCUCUGCUAUAUCCCUCUCGUCUCCUCCUUCUAUCUAUCCCGCAUCCACUCCUCCUCCACCACAUCCGCUAUCUCCCCCACCCCUAAUCUCGCCGGCUUCGAAGCUGUCCUUCUUGUCCUCUACUCAUUUGAAGUCAAGGCUCAUUCGGGUAUACCCGUGCUCAUUUCAAUCCCUGAUCUCUCUCAACCUUCUCUUUAUCACUCCUCUCGAAAUCCCCCUUCGAAUAAAUCGAACCCCAUUAACAAUAACCCCUCGUCUCGGCCUCUAGUCGGCGUUCUAUCGCCUCCUCUCGAACCCCAGAUGGCGGUGAAGUCUACUAAACGAGCUUCCAUUGUAGGCAUUGCCCUUGAUUGUUAUUAUAAGCAGAUCUCGCAAAUGCCCAGUUGGUCAGUAAAAUCCAUUAGUGAUGACUUUUUACUUUUUUGUGACAAGAAUAGAUUGUCACUAAAGGUCAAAUUUCUUGUAGUGGUGCUACCACAAGCUCUAGCAAGAAAUACAUCAAACUACACAGUGACAAAAUAUUGUAACUGA